AUGGCUGAGGAGAAGACCUUUCGCUAUGGGUUCAUCAUGCUGGGUUUCUUCCUGGUGAUGACGGGAAUGUUCAUCAUGAGUGUGGAAAAACCCCACAUCUACAUCACCUUCUGUGUCCUGGGUGUCCUGCUCGUAGCUGUGGGCAUCACCUGGAGCAUGUGCCAGUGCUACCCAAAGGUAACAUUCAUCCCUGUGGACCUCGAGGCCAAGCGGUUCCUGGACCACAAACCCAUCGUGCUGCCGGAGUGGGACACCCGCUUGAUCGCACCCUGCCCCAACCAAGAGGCCACCAGCACCUACGAGAAAAACCUGCUGUCCUAUGAGCAGAUCCAGAGGCAGGCAGUGGGCUCGGCCCCACUCCCACCCAUGGCCCAGCCCAGACCCCGCAGCUGGUCCCAGCCAGCCAUGCAGGCGAGAGCGGAGGUUCACCAGGAGCUGGGGGGUGCUGGAGAACCCCCCCGAGAGACGAUUCCUCAGCUGGAAACAGCAUCAGGCAGCUGCCCCCCCCGGCCGGCCCCAGGGGACGCGCCACUGGCAUCUCUCCUGGAGGACAUGGACACGCCAUCGCUGGAGGGCUCUGUGCCUGGCAGCCCUGUACCACCAGGCCGACCCCCACCUCCAUCUGCCACCCACUCCAGCUGCACCCCAACCAGCUCCCCAACACAAGGAGACCACCCUGGUUCCCCCCGCAAAGGCACCGGGGAGGGGGAUGACCUCUAUUAUGGGCUCCAAGAGGGGCCGGAUGCUCUGCUGGAGGAUAGCGACUGCCUUUUUGAGCCUGAAAACUGA